AUGUCGGGCAAGGAAAGCUACAGCUACCAGCACAACUACGUGGAUCGGGUGCGUUUAGAGGACACCACUGGCGGGCACCAACACCACAGCAGCCACCAGCAAACCACCCAUGACCCGAGGUGUCCCCAGUUGAGAGCCGCUGGCUGGAGGCACACGCACAAAUCGGUUUCCCAUCUCGACUUGGCCACCAGCUGUCAUGAAGCAGCCGGAACUGGCUUAGGUCGCCACUCGCAGCCGCUGCACCACCACAGCCAGGCGGGUCAGAACCAGCCGGGGCACCACCAUCUGCACCACUCGCAUUCGCACUCGCACCACCAGCACACACACGCCCAGCCCCACUGGACGCAGUGCCGGGUGGGCGUGGCCGGAAGCGGAAACGGGAACGGGCAGCUGCGGAACGCGCGAUCGCUGGACUACACGCAACUCGAGCGGGAGGAGAACGCCUUGGACAUCGCCGAGUUCUAUUGGCGGUUCGAUGCGGAAGCUCCGAUCGACCAAGCCGAUAGCUACGCGGUACUUCCAAUAAGCGGAAAAUUCGAGCCUUCGGCAGUAACUAAAACUGGAUCGGGAUCUGGAGAAGCAACUACCACCAGCACAACCACCGCAUCCGGGAAAUCAAAUGAUGGUGCCACAACCACCACAAAUUCUGCAGUUGCAACCGCCCUUUUGGACAUUUUGGGCAGCGAGUCGUGCAGCUUGAGGAGAUCGCGCAGUUUGGCCGUAAUACGUGAGGAGACAUUUAGCGACCUGCAAAUUGGAUCGGCAAACAGCAGUCGUCGCCGAUCGCAGCUAAUACCGCGUGCCCGGCUCGUUAAUCGCGGAUUUUUCCGUGAAUCGCCACGAUUGAACGGCAAGCCGAGUCUCGCGACCUUGGUGGGUGAGCAGCCAGCGGAUCAGCCGGCGGAUGACACCCAGAGCCAGAGAAGCAACUCGGGCACUUGCGAUUCGCAUCAGCAGCAGCAACAACAGCUCCAGCAGCAACACCAGCAACAUCAACAUCAGCAACAACAACCGCAGCAGCAACAUCAGCGGCUUAACCGAGAAUCGCGUGACUUUGAUGUCUACUACGAUAAUCUGAAACGCUUGGACGCCUUGGCUUUGGGACUCGGUGAGCAAUUGCAUCCUUGGCACAACGACAAGAGCGAUUUGGAGAGCCUCAACUCGGAUUAUUUCAAGAACUCCCUGCACCAGAAUCACCUGGAACAGCAGCAACCUUCUUCUUUGGAAUUCGACGCCCUUGAACAAGUGGCAACUGAUUUGCUCAAAGAGAGGCCAAGGAUUUAUCAAUCCAGGAGGCAGCAGCAGCGCAGAAAUCUGCACCACUCGAACUGCUUGCAACGCCACUUGGACACGGGAGGGGAAUCCUGUCCGGAACACAGUCAGAGCAGUGUUUUCCCGGAGACCACCACAAGUAAUUCGGAUGACCAAACGGACAGUCCUUCGCUGUCGGAACAGGAAUACGAUUUAACACACAUCGAGGAGAUCUACCAGCAGGGCAACGAAGGGGAGGAGAGCUACGAAUUAAUUAGUCUUACCACCACAACAAGGACACGUUUCGAGAGCAGCGAGGAGGGUGAAGGCGAGGAAAACCAGGCGGAGGAGGAGGUUGUGGAGAGUCUAACCACGCCCACGGAACCACAGACCAGCGAUAGUGAUAGCACUUUAAGGCAAAACCACAACGAGCAGCUGGACAAGUUGAUAGCCUACGAUUCGGUGUACCUCUCCUCUGAAGACAGUUCGGAUUGCACUUUAAUUGGCGAGAGCUGCGAAUCCUUCGAGCAGAGAACUUUCACUAGUUGCGGGGAAAGCGGUGAGUUGGAAACACGCAGCUUGCUCCACAUUUCCAUUGAGGAUACGGUCUACGAACCUCAAGCUAAGCAGCACAAAAAAGGCGUAAAUCACGAAGAUCAACCUGCCUCUUUGUUAACCACCACAGCGAAAGUUGAGGCGCAGAUCUUUACGCAGGUUCUGAAGGUAGAGCAUACACCCAAGCCCAAGAUCCUAGCAGUGGUGGAGAAACGCAAGUUGAAACAGGAGGAAGUUAAGCAGCAACCGCCGGAACUGAAGCGACAGGCCACCGACUCCUUUGUAGUCACCGCCGCCAGCAAAUCCAAUCUCACUGCAAAUCAAUACCAUAGCCUGCCGGAUGUUAAUAUCGGAGUGAGCCUGAAGGUUUGCGAGAACAUAGACAAGGAGCUCAGGUCAUCCUACAACCAGCGAAAGCAGCAGCAGCGCAAGGAGGCCAAAAGGGAGCAGCAGGUGACCCGGGCGGAGACCUACGAUUCCAUCAGACGCUUCGGCAGGGCCCAUCAGAAGGCCAGGCAAAAGGAGUACCAGGAAAGGGAGAGGGAACGCGAACGGGAAGCAUCAGCCGCUCUGCAGGAAAAGGAUAAGGAAAGGGAAAAGCCAAGGAUAAACAAGGAAUAUCCCGCGCAGGAGCGGAAAAUUGAAGUGAAAGAAUCGUCAAAGGUUCAAGAGGUAAUCAAGAAAAAGGAGGAACUUCCAAAGGAAAAGGCAGAGGAGGAAGAGGAACCACUGCCUCCACCACCACCGCCGCCACCUUUGACAGAGGAACCCCAACCAGAGAGCAACCCAGCGGAAGUGGAGGAGGUGGAAGACGACCUAUCUGAAUCCAUUUCACAGCCGGAACAACCGAAAGAAGCGCCCGUCAUUGAGGUGGCCAAUUUCAGCAGGCUAAUCGAGCGACGUGCCCAGGAAAUCCGUGAACGACAGGAGCAAAUUAAGCCAUCCUUUCAAAUCAUUGUCACCGACGCUCAGAACAAUAUCAUCCAGAAGGAGGCCAUUGCGGAUAGCAAGGAAAUUAGACAGAGAACAAACCCGAAACCGAACACGAACACGAAACCGAAAACAAACUCAAACUCAAACUCGUCUUGUAAUCCCAUUCAACGCCCACUGCGUCGCUCGGUGAGUUCGUCGAGUGGCAAACCGCUGGAACAUCGCAUCCUCAGCACCGGUGCUCCGAUUUACAAGGCUCGACCCGUCAAGGUUCUGCCCUCCUCGAGCAGCGAUUCGAGCUUCUGCCGGGGCAAAAUGUCGCGACCCCAAAUCCUGCAUGUCGUCGAUGGAAGGGCAGGAGUUGCCGGUGGCGCAGGUGGAGCAGGUGGUGGCAGCCUGCAAAGGAGGAGCAGUGCCAGGAGCAUAGCGAGCACAAUUAGUUCGGCAGGAGGCGAGGCGGCUAAUGAAUACCUGCAAAAAGUGGAUGCAGUCAGGUGCUACUGGAACAAGCUGGCGGGAAAUGAACCAGAAACACCGAAAACAGAACAACAGCCGACAAAGGAAAGCCAGCCAGGCUUGAACUUCCAGUUGGGUGGAGAGACCACAACACAAUGCACCGAUAAAUCCCCAGUUGGCAGUGAUUUCUGCAGCAUGAUGCCGCAUCCAUCUAUAGAAAUUGUGGAGCUCGGUGAGGGUGCUCAAAAGGCCACGAUAGUAAAGGCUGCUGCGGAGCAGGACGAGGAUCCAGACGAGGAUCAGGAUCAGUUCGAUCACAUUCGGUACAAGGUACUCAAAUCUCAGCAACUGAUUCGCAACAAUUUCCUCUCCACGAGAAACAAAAAGGAGGCGCAGUUCGAUGGUUUAAUUCAGUACCUGCAGGAGUAUAGUUUCCAGGAACUGCUGAGCAACAACAAUGUGGUUAUAGUAGAACCUGUGAGGACAAAGAUUGAGCGGCCUCUGCAAGUGGGGAUUAGUAGUGGUUCUAGCACUACGACUGUUCCACCUCCGAAACCCCCUAGGGUGGCAAAUGCCUCGGGUUCCCAGCCACGGAAACUAAGGAACCGACCAACUGGAGGAGCUGCUGCCAAAAGACACUUCUUCUACCAACCUGUCAGGGUGAAUAGAGAACUCUACGAAGAUGAGCUACCAGAUCCCGAUACAGUCCGCAAUGUUCGUCGUUUCUUCGAGCAGAAUGUCAUGCCAACUCCUGGUCAGGGAUUACUAGUGCAGUCCCAGCAGAAGUUCGGUGGCUCCGCCUGUCAGUUGAGUCCGAAAUCCCGGAGAGCCAGAGGCUAUCGAUACCUGACCAUUGAUACCAGCUUUGGAGGAGCCGGAGAAGAGCAGCCCAAGGGGAUGGAACUUUUGGAGGAGAACAAGGCCAAGCACUGGGACAAUGCCAGCCUGUCGAGUGGCAUUUCCAGUGGUGAUUUGAGUUCACCCUGCGGGGAGUAUCUUCACCAGGAAUCACCGGUAAUAGCCUGCAAGGAUGUCCAUGUCCAGGAUGUCGUUCGGAGGCACAAUAGCAAUGCUGCCAAUGCCAAGGCUCGAGCGAAAAUAGCCAGCCGACGCACCUGGUGCAUGGGAACAGGCCCUGGCGGAGCUGGUGCCAAUGAAUCCCUUUAUCGGCAAAUUUAUGAAAACAAUUUGGGACAUUCCGAGCAGCAGGAGAAUGGGGAGCAUCUGGAGGAAGAGGACGACGAACAGGAUGACCAGUACGAGGACGAUGUGGACCAGGAUAUGUGCGAAAACUAUUACGUCAGCAAUGACGUGCUGGCCAAGAUAAGGGAAUGCGGCUCAACUGUCACCUACUACGGAGGACGGGUGCUGGACAAGACCGCAGCCAGCAGCACAGCACCGCCCACAAAAGCCACUCAGCCAAUCACGGGAAGCGGAACCCGCUCUCGAAUCCGUCAAAUAGAGUCCUGCAAUGUAUGCCUGCCGAGCGAGAGAUGCGAACAUCGAUUGCAAACUAAGCAGACGACAGCAGAACAGCAGCAGGACUCGUACCAAGGCAUCAAAUUUAAGCUGGUCAAGUCCAACAGCUGCAGCAGUCGACUGGAGUUGGCCGGAACCGGAGAAGAUGAGGUCAGCGCCGACAGCGAAGUGGUUCGAAAAAUGGUCCAUCACUUCGAGGCGAAUCGAACAGCGGCGGGCAAUGAUGCCCAACUGACCAUCAACAGUCAGAGUCAGAUAACGUCGGCGAAGGAGUUGGAGGAGGUCCCGCGACGCCAAGUGACAGUAAAUAAUCACAUCAAUGUGCUUGGGGACGUGGUGGCCCAGGAGCUCGGAAGGGCUGAAAACUUUAAUGGGCAGCCGGAGAAUGGUUAUGGCACAGAGAUGGUGGUGCCCACAUACGAAAGUCAGGCCAUGAACAUUCGCCUCGAUGUGACCGAGAAUAAGAACAGCCUGCAAGCUGCUGCCAACAAAGUUUGUCGCAAUAAAAACGUGGACUUGGCCUACACGUUGGUUAAGCCAACGACAAAUUCUCAGAAGGGCAAGCCCAUCGAAGCUCCGCGCCAGAAAAUUGGAAAACAGCAGCGUGAAGUGGAGGAAAAUGGGGAAAAUGGCAAAAAUGCCGUGACAAAGAGUGUCAAGCUGGCGAAGGCAGCCGCACCACAAAUCAUCGUGCCCGUGGAUAUUCACAGUCAGACGUCGAUAGCUGCACCCGCUUCCAUUCCCGAACGGCGAUUGAGCAAUGCCAGCAGCAGUAACUCGGUGGUGGACAAGACCGUAGUUCGUCAUUAUGUGGCCAAUGAUAAGAGCAUCUACGAGCGGCGCAAGUACGAUGAGAUUGAGUUCGAGGAGUUUGAGGUCUACGAUCCCAGCAAGGAGCCACCACCUCAAGUCGAGGGCGGUCCCGAAAAAGUACCCACAGAUGCUGAGCUUUACGACAGCUUGGACGACAAAGUGUGAACGAAACUAAUGCUCAAUUCAUCUACAAACGACGGCAACGACGACUUCUUGGGGUUUUGGGUUAAGGAACAAAUCAAAAGCGUCCACAUCGGUAGCGUAAUUUAGCUUUACAGGUAAAGCCAAAAGAUUAUACCGUUAACUAUCCAAAGUAUAAUAUAUUAUUUUAAUUUAAUCGCAACUCAACAUUUGUUCACUUGUACAUUAUAAAUUUAUGCCUAAAUAAAUAUGCAAUUUAUUUAACGAGCUGGGA